AUCCAUGAGUUAGUUUUGCUAAUAUGGGUACCAGUUACUGGCAUUGGAUUGUCCCUCAAAUGCUAAAAAGUGUUUUGUUUUAAAACAGUGACCAGGUCCACAACCAAAGCAUGGCUUGCUGUCAUACCUUGUCCCGGCCCGGGACUUCUUACAGGGUUCGGAAACGAAUGUAAUUUUCUAAUUUGGGUGAACUAUCCCUUUUAAGUGUAUUUGAUAGAACCCUAAUCAGGAUUUCAGUGUUUUGAUUGAAUCCAAACUCUGGACAGAAUAUGCAGCAUUUUCUGGCACAUCAGAAAUGUACCCUAACUAGAUUAUAAAAGUAAAGUUAGGCCUAGUCUUGAUUUUUUUUUUUACUGUGCAGUCUUUAUAGUCCCAAGCCAGAACAUGUGAAACGUACCAUCUUGCAACAUGUUGAAAUGGGGUUUUGAUCUCAAGGGACUGUACGAAGUGAUGCAAUCCUCUGAUGUGAUGAGGAACUUGACAUCAUUUCUGGUCUUGAGUUUGAAUAGUCUCUCUGCUCUAUCGGUGUAUUAAAAACCAACACACCAGGCUUUAAUAAUAUUUUUGAGCUGUUAUUUAAAAAUGUGGCAUCUGCAGUCAAUCACUGUUCACUUAUAGGCUAGCUUUUCCAGUGGUUCAUAUCUGUGGUUCAUCAUUUGGGAAAGUUUUCAAGUCUUUCCUUGUUAUUUUCACUUUCAAAAGGGAGGGGCCAUGGCUGAAAUGACAAUUGUGAAUCUGUGGACCUGUAUUGUGCCAUUCUAUGCUGAAAACAAUGCCUCAAUUUAUGGAAAGGAAAGGGAAAGCAGAUCUUCACCCACUUAUUAAAACCACUUCCAUAUUCAAACCACUUCGCUUGUGUUAUUGAAUAAGUGGACAAUAGACAAAUAUAUUCUGUGUAACCAGUCACCGCAAGAGUGAGUCUCCCCAGUCCCCACAAUGGCGGUGGGGCCAUGCAGUAUAGCACUACAGAAGCGCCGUGUGCAACUGGUGGAGAGCUGGAGCCAAAAUGUCACCCACCUCCAGGAGCUUCUUUACCAGGUAGGGGCUCUUACUGAGGAAGACCUCAGCCUGGUGAGAGGGGGAGGUCGCCUGGGGGCGAGGGACUCUAUGAGGAAUCUGCUGGAUGUGCUACACGGGCGUGGAGAGGAAGCCUGUCGAGCCUUCUUUCAUGUUCUACAGUCACAGAGAGCCAACACGGAGUCUGAGUCUAUGGUGGCAGCUAUCCCACCUGAGGGCUCUGGACCCAGCAGCAGUGACUCUGGUCCAACCAACAUGCAGGAGCACUUGAGGAAACACAAGGACAUAUUAGGCAGGCAGCACAGUCCCACUGAUUACCUUAGUAUCAGGACUAUUAGGUGUAGUAGUUCAGACAGUAGUGAUGAGUCUUGUUCCUUUACAGAUAUCACAUUGUCCAGGUGCGUGGGCUACACUGUUCCCCUGCAGUACCACCAGCACGAGGUAGCCAUGGUGGGUGAUGCCUUCCGGAGCCAGGACCAGGUCUGUACCUUUCAAGAUGUCUGCCAGAGUCUGCUGUCUGUUCCAGGAGAGGACGUGAGUCUGCUCUCGGGGGUGGCCGGCAGUGGGAAGACCACGGUGGUGAGACGGCUGGUUCAUGAAUGGGCAAAGGACUCUGGAUCCCAGAAGAUAGUCCUGUCCCUAUCCUUCAGAGAGCUCAAUCUGCUCAGUGAGCCUCAGAGCCUGCAGGAGCUUCUCCUGGUGCACUACAGUCACCUCAAACCUGUCCUGCCCUGGGUCAUUGACUCCCAACCUGGCCGGAUCCUACUCAUCUUGGACGGGCUCGAUGAGUUCUGCUUCCCCCUGGAAUUUGAGCGGAGCCCCAAGUGCUCGGACCCAGAGCGGAAGCUGGGCAUGGGGGAGAUGGUGGUGAACUUGAUCAAGGGUCACCUCCUCCCCGGUAUCUCCAUCCUGGUUACAUCGCGGCCCCACGCCGUCUCCAAGGUCCCUCCCCUGCUGGUGACCCAGCUCUACAGCGUCCUGGGCUUCUCUAAAGACCAGCAGAGGCACUACUUUGAGCAGAGCUGCAACUCUCCCCUGGUGGCCUCUGCUGUGUGGGGCUACGUUUCCUCCUACCAGCCCCUCCAGCUCAUGUGUCGUAUACCAGCCUUCUGCUGGAUCGUCUCCACUGCCCUGCGUGAUAGAGCCCCCUGCUGCCUUAGCCAAGUCACCACCACCACUCUGCCCAAUACAGCUAGGACAAUGCCAGCAGGCUCCAGUGAUACGUCCACCUCCAACAACAGGGCUGAAGAAGCCACUCCAACCCCCUCCACUUUCUCCUCCACUGUUCCCAGGGUGAUGUUAAUGAGCGGCCAUGUCAAGCCCAUCACCAUCACAGAGAUCUACUGUUGCUUUCUCAAGUCCAUCCUGGUGUUCCACGGGGAGGGCCACAGUCAGGAAGGCUGCAGCCCGCAGUGUCUCCAGGAGGCCCCACGGGUCCUACAGGAGAUGCGGCCCAUGCUGAGAGACCUGGGAGCCCUGGCCUUCAAGGGCCUCCUGGAGCGACGCUUCCUUUUCGACCAGGCUGAUCUGAGCUCUUUCUCCCUGGACUGCAGUGGGCUGUCCAAGACCUUCCUGGUGGAGAUCCUCCGAGAGGACCGAGCCUCGCUCACCUGCCAGAGGAGCUUCCACUUCAUCCAUACUAGUGUACAGGAGUUCCUGGCAGCUCUGUACUAUGUCCUGCAGGCCCUCUCCGGCUCAGACCCGUUCUCGGGGCUCAAGUCAGCCGCUGGUGUAGCCCUGUUUCCAGUCGCCCUGCACAAAGUGCUAACCUCCACUGCUAAUAAGCUGCUGAGGCCCAGACGGCUCCUGCUCAGAUAUGUCAAGAAGGCUUUCUCCUGGGGUGGACACCAUCAGUCUGGUCACAUGGACCUCUUCUGCAGAUUUGUAUCUGGCUUAUUGGUACCUCAAACCCGUGUCAUCCUGGAUGGACUAUUCCGAGGCAGAUCACAAAUACUCCCAUCGCCCUCCUCCUCUCUGCCCGUGCCCUCUCCUCCUCCUCCCACCCCUCCCUUUCUCCUGAGCCUGCUCCACUCCCAGCUCCAAUGUGGCAGACUGAGUCCAGAGAGGCAGGUCAACGUGUGUCACUGCCUGUACGAGGCCCAGGACCCAGGCCUGGCCCAGCGUCUACAAGGCUGGCUGCAGGUCCUGGCCCAACAACAGGACCCAGACCUGUCUGGCCCAGCCAAGAGGGACUGGAGCGAGCUGGCCUUCCUGUUGCAGCUGACCCCAGACCUGCAGGAUCUGAAUCUUGAGGCCCAGGGGCUGGACGCAGACGGCCUGCGCAGACUGCUGCCUGUACUCCCUCUGUUCAGCACCCUCAGGCUAGCGCAGAAUCCACUGGGUCCAGAGGGGGCAGUUGUGUUAGCCUGUGCCAUGCAGAGCCCAGACUGCCGUGUCGAGAGACUGUGGGUGGUGGGGACAGGACUGGGUUGUAAGGGACUCAGGGUGCUUACAGAAGGACUGAAGGACAACCACACAGUGGUCGACCUCAGGAUGGCCAUCAAUCACAUUGGCGAUGUGGGAGCGGGCUGUCUGGCGGAUCUACUGCGGACCAAUCGUACACUUAAAGAUAUCAGGCUCCGUGACAACAUGAUUACUGAUAAGGGAGCAGAACUUCUCAUGGAAGCACUGACUGAGAAUACCACUCUGGAACAUCUCUGGAUGUUUGACAACAAGUUAUCGAAGGAGGGAGUCGGGAAGCUGAAGGAGUUCGCCAGGAGCACAUCUCAUCUGGACAUCAAAGUGUGCGUCUGAUUUCAUCUGCCUUUCCUGUUGCUGAUGAUAGACUCCAAGUACUUUAUCAGUGGUGGAUGGUGUGGUUGUUUAUCAUUUGUGUGGUAUGGUACAUUUGCACAUGUACAUGGUAUGAAAGAUGUUAUUAGUAGUUCAUUGUUAUUUUUGUUCAGACAACUAAGAGUUUACAUUUGGUUGUCAGGUUUUAGUAGGUCGAUGAAUGUAGCCAUUUGUCAAUGAAAUCGUCUGCAAUAGAUCUACACGUUUUUGUCAUUCAAUCGCAUUCUUCUGUGUCAGAAACACCUCCAGGCAAAGAGUUUAAACGUUUAAACAACACGUCCAUGGAUGGCCAGUAGAGAGCAAUAUAGCUGCAUACACAUUCCCUACUGGAAGGCUAGGGUCAUAGUCUACUAUGUGCAAAUGAGAUAAUCAUGUUUCCUCUCUAACAAAGUUGGGCAUUAAUGCUUAACAAUAAAUUGUUGGUUCACAACUAAAUUUCACUCCCUAAAACUCAUAUUGAAAUGUAUGAAGUUGAGGGUGAAAAAACGAAGUUGAGAGUAUUUCUUUAUUCUACCACAAGAUGUCCCCCUCAAUAUACACUUUUCUGCAGUCUUUUUGUUUGCAUCCUUCCUAGUCUGGUCCAUGGGGACAUGUCAUUAUCCUUUGUUUCCCAAUAUGUCAAGUUACCUGACGAAUAAGGUUUUUCUGAUGCCCACUCUUUGAUUGUAUUUCAUGAGGCACCGUGGCACCAAUACUACACAUCGAAUUAUAGAUUUUCUCACCUGUGAAGUUAGAAACUCAUAUUACCAUUGUUAUGCACUUUGGAAAAGUUUGUCCCCCAAAACAACUAAACCAUUAAACAAGUCUGCUGUUUUUGUUUGAUCUAUAAAUAGACUAGGCAAUGUACACAAUGUAAUUGAAAAUAAAACAAUGAGUGCACCGGUCCUUAUUUAAGUUAAUCUUAUUUGUUAUAACCCCCCCCCCUCUCUAUUUAAGUUAAUCGUA